AUGGAUGGAGACUCGGAAUCGUCUGCCUCCCCCUCCCCCAUCGAACCCCACUCCCGUCGCUCCAGCAGCGAAAUCCCUCGCAAGCGCCGCUCAAAAGAUGGACCCAGCAUACUUGGCGGGUCCAUGCGCGACGUCGCCCGCGUCCUAGUGUCGCGCGAGCGCGAGACCAUGGACCUCAAGCGCACGCUCUACACCAUCACCGAGCAGCUCAAGGCCGAGCGACAGCGCGCGGACGCCGCGGAGCACAAGACGCGCGAGGUGCUCGCGCUCUUCAAGAACGCCAACGAGGCGAAGAUGGCGGCGGAGCAGGAGGCCGCGCGCGCGAACGAGGCGCUGCGGUUGUACAAGCUGCAGUACGAGAACGCGCAACAGGAGAUCCGGCGGGCGCAGAAGCUCAUAGACGCGCUGGACACGCAGAGAGUGGAUGCGGAGGAGACGGCGGCAAAGGCGCGGAGCCUGGCAAGGAAGAUGAAGGAGGAGGCGAUCGUGGUGUCCGCGAGGGAGGCGGGACGCCGGCAGGGUCUGGAGGAGGGUCUGGCGCAGGGCAGGAUGAUUGGAUACGAGCAAGGUCGGUCGGUGGGCUAUGAAGAUGGACGCGCAGACACGGAGCGAGCGUAUACAGCGGGCGCCAUGACGGAGCCAUACGCUGAAGAGACUCCUCGCCGGGAGUACCGAGCUCCCCGGGUUUCCAGACCAUCAUCCUCUGAAGACUCUGUACCCAACACCACGCAGAACUAUACCCAACCGCUGGACGACACCCUGCCUAUACCCCCGCCCGUGACAACGCCGGCAC